UUCUGAGUGGUGUUGAGUGUGGAAGUCUGUCCAAAUGCGGGUCUCUAUGGCUUUAGAGGUCCUGGUUUACCUUGCUGUCUUGGUUUGGACUUGUGCUUGGGACAUUGAUCUGAAUGUAAGUUGUACUCAGGACUGGAUGAUGAUCAUUGUUAGCGUGGCUUCCCAGAACAAAAGAAAUCCAUAUGUUUUUGCUGAUGAAUUAGUUCUGGGACAGGGCUGCCCUGCAACUCGAAUACACACAUAUCAAUAUGAUUUUAUAUAUCCUGUUUUUCAGUGUGGCAUCAGGACAAAGGUUAUCUCACAGGAAAUCGUCUGUUUUGAAACUGAGAUGUACUUUCAUCCAAGGAAUCAUUGUUUAGAAUCUGAGAUGAUCCCUUUGCGGUGUUCUGCAUCUCGGAACUCAGUGAGGCUUAUGCCAGCGCCUACUGAAGAGGACCCAAAACCAGUUGAGAGUCCCUUUAUGACUGACUUUGAAGCUACACCAGAACAAUUGGGAUUAUUGAAUGUUCACCAAGCUGCUUCCUCCCCUGAAUAGGAGAUAGGGACAGUGCUGAUGCCACAGAUUUCAUUAUAAGACAAACCUUUUUUUUCAAUAAGAAAAACAGUACUGGCAUAAGUUUCUCCUUAAAUAUCUCAUUCUUAUAUAUACACCAAUUAAAUAAAGGCUCUUCUUAUGAAAA